ACAUAUCCCAGAGUUCCUUGGAAAGCUUUUGUUGCUCAAGAAACUCGAUCUUUCUUUCAACGAUUUGGAGGGCCCAAGUGCCAAUUGAAGGGAUUUUUGGAAAUUUCAGCGCAAUUUCUAUAGUCGGGAAUAAUAAGCUAUGUGGAGGCAUUUCAGACUUGCAUUUGCCUUUAUGUUCUCAAGUUGACAAGAAAUCAUCAAGAAAAUUUCUUGCGCCCAAUGUAGUUAUAUAUACCUGUAACUACUAGUGUUAUUUUUGGCCUACUCCUGUGCUCUUUGGCUGCUUGUUAUGUGAUUAGAAAAUCAAACAAGAAAUCUUUAGCUGCACUCUCCGCAGAGGAUUGGGAGCGGGGAAUUUCUUACACGGAACUUGCUAUGUCAACCAAUGGGUUCUCUGAGGAAAAUUUGAUCAGUUCAGGUAGUUUUGGUACUGUAUACAAAGGAAUUCUUUGUGACAGUGCAGUUGUAUCUGUCAAAGUACUAAAUCUUGAAAAGCAAGGUGCUUCCAAGAGUUUCAUGGAUGAAUGCAAUGCUUUGAAGAAUAUACGACAUCGUAAUUAAUAUCCUUGAGAUCAUAACAACGUGUUCGAGUGUUGAUCAACAGGGUAGUGAUUUCAAAGCUCUAGUCCUGUACUCGAGUUCAUGUGCAACGGAAGCCUAGAACAGUGGCUCCAUUCGGGACAUGAUAAACAAAAUCAAGCUAAUAAGAGUUUAAAAAUCAUUCAAAGACUGAACAUAGCCGUAGACGUUGCUUCUGCAUUGGAAUAUCUUCAUCAUCAUUGCGAGGUACCAAUCGUGCACUGUGACCUAAAGCCCAGCAAUGUGCUAUUGGAUUAUGAUAUGACAGCCCAUGUCGGCGACUUUGGAUUGGCAAGGUUUCUUAUUCAAGCAGCGAAUGAUCUUUCGAAUGAGCAAAACUUAUCUGUUGGGCUAAAGGGUUCUGUUGGAUACAUUGCUCCAGAAAAUGGUAUGGGGGCCCAAGUGUCCACACUAGGAGAUGUUUACAGCAACGGGAUUCUCUUGUUGGAGAUGUUUACCGGAAAGAGACCAACUGAUGACAUCUUCAAAGAUGGACUCAGUAUUUGCGACUUUGUUUCAAUGGGUUUGCUUGUGUUGGAAAUACUAUCCGUGAGAUUUUUUGAGAAGGGAAGAGGAAUAUACUAG